CCUUCGCUUGUCUCUGUAGUACAGGAAGCUGUUUCACAAGCAGCAGUCAGUGUGACAUUCAGCUCGCGUGUGUGUAACAUCAGAGGAAACUCACACACACAUUGUCAUGAUGCGACUCAUGAGAUCAGCUUUAUCUCUACAUCUGCACAAACCAGCAAACAUCACGUUAAAACAGGUGUUGAUCAACAGCUGUCGGUCGUGUUCAAAUGGAGUCACACCGAAUGAGCAGAUCCGGAACAUCGGCAUCUCCGCACACAUUGACUCUGGGAAGACCACACUAACAGAGAGAGUGCUCUACUACACCGGACGAAUCGCAGAGAUGCAUGAAGUGAAAGGUAAGGAUGGAGUGGGAGCGAUCAUGGACUCUAUGGAGUUGGAAAGACAGCGAGGAAUCACUAUACAAUCUGCUGCUACAUACACCAUUUGGAAACAACACAACAUAAACAUCAUCGACACGCCAGGUCAUGUGGACUUCACCAUCGAGGUAGAGCGAGCUCUCCGUGUGCUGGACGGGGCGGUGCUCGUUCUGUGUGCAGUCGGAGGGGUUCAGUGUCAGACGAUGACUGUGAAUCGACAGAUGAAGCGCUAUGGUGUGCCCUUCCUCACCUUCAUCAACAAACUGGACCGCAUGGGUGCCAACCCCUACAGAGGCCUUCAGCAGCUCAGGACUAAACUCAAUCAAAACGCAGCGUUUGUGAAUAUCCCCAUCGGACUGGAGGGAAACCUGCGAGGGAUCGUUGAUCUGAUCGAGGAGCGCAGCAUCUUAUUUGAAGGACCUUUCGGUCAGAAUAUUUGUUUUGAUGAGAUCCCAGCGGAGAUGCGUGCCGAGGCUGCAGACCGCAGACAGGAACUGGUGGAGUGUGUCGCUAACGCCGAUGAAAGGCUUGGAGAGAUGUUUCUAGAAGAGAAAGUACCAACUGUUGAUGACCUCAAGGCUGCAGUGCGCAGGGCGACUAUCCAGCGCUUGUUCUCUCCUGUACUGGUGGGCAGCGCUCUGAAGAAUAAAGGCGUUCAGCCGCUGUUAGACGCUGUGCUUGACUACUUGCCAAACCCCACUGAAGUCAACAACUACGCCAUACUGAACCAAGAGGAGAGCAGUGACGGCACGAAAAUUCUCAUGGAUCCAACAAGAGACGCAACACAACCGUUUGUUGGUUUGGCCUUCAAACUUGAGGCAGGUCGUUUUGGUCAGCUGACGUAUGUGCGCGUGUAUCAGGGCUGUCUGAAGAAAACGGAGUACAUCUACAACACCCGCACGGGGAAGAGGGUCAGAGUUCAGAGACUCGUGCGUCUCCACGCCGACCAGAUGGAGGAUGUAGAGGAGGUGUACCCAGGUGACAUCUGUGCUCUGUUUGGCAUUGACUGUGCCAGUGGAGAUACAUUCACUUCCCGCGCUAAUGCCAACCUCUCUAUGGAAUCGAUUCAUAUUCCUGAUCCAGUGAUCUCGAUGUCCAUGCGACCCUCCAACAAGAAUGACACGGAUAAAUUCUCGAAGGGAAUCAAUCGUUUCACCCGAGAAGACCCCACAUUCAGAGUUCAUUACGACACCGAGAGUAAAGAGACCAUCAUCUCUGGCAUGGGUGAACUUCACUUGGAGAUCUACUCGCAGAGGAUGGAGAGAGAAUAUAAUUGUCCAUGUGUGAUGGGGAAACCAAAAGUGGCGUUCAGAGAGUCUGUGACCAGCGCUGUGCCGUUUGACUUCACUCAUAAGAAGCAGUCGGGAGGUUCGGGACAGUACGGUAAAGUGGUGGGCAUUCUGGAGCCACUCGACUCCGAGAAUUACACAAAACUGGAGUUUAGAGACCAGACCAUCGGCACCAAUGUACCCAGACAGUUUGUGCCCGCUGUGGAGAGGGGUUUCAGGGAAGCGUGCGAGAAAGGUCCUCUGACGGGACACAAGAUAUCUGGAGUGCGCUUUGUGUUGGAUGACGGAGCGAACCACAUGGUGGACUCUAAUGAAAUCUCCUUCAUUCGGGCAGGAGAGGGUGCUCUCAAACAGGCGAUGGAGAAAGCUAAUGUUGUGGUUCUGGAGCCGGUCAUGUCAGUGGAGAUUGUGGCUCCAAAUGAGUUCCAGGGGACAGUUAUCGCCGGGGUCAAUCGUCGCCAUGGGGUCAUCACAGGACAGGACGGAGCUGAGGGGUAUUUCACACUAUACGCUGAUAUUCCAUUGAAUGACAUGUUUGGGUACUCAACAGAACUGCGCUCCUGCACCGAGGGUAAAGGCGAGUACACUAUGGAGUACAGCAGAUAUCAACCCUGUCUGCCAUCCGCACAGGAAGAACUCAUCAACAAAUACCUGGAGGCAACAGGACAACUGCCGGCCAAGAAAGGGAAAUGGAAGAACUGAACCGAUCACAUGUGAUUUUAUAUACAUCAGAACAAGUCAAGCAAAUCUGUCAGUGACUUCCUCAUAAGAUGCUUAAAAGAAAGUUUAUGACAAGAUAUACAGUUCCUCUCCUUACAAGAAGGUCACAUGUCAUUUUUAAAGAUAAAGGCACAUUGCUUUUACGAAAGCAGAAAUGACAAAAAAUGGCUUUGUUUGCGCAUUGUAAAUUACUUUGUACAGCAAGUGUCGUAAUUAUGAUAAAAUUAAGUUUUAGCGUUGUCUGUGUCUAAUGUGUGUUCAAUGUUGGGAGUAAUCGGAUUCAGUUCAUGCAAUUCACUCUACCUCACUUUGAAGUCUCAUUUUAUUCCACUAACUGGCAGAAAUUACUUCAUCACAAUAUACAGAUGUGAACUGUAGGGGGCGCUCUAACACAUUAUACCCCUCACAGAUGUGCUCGUCCAUUGACAUUCAGUCUAAUGUUCAGUUCAAGCAUCACCCUCAUUAUUUCAUUGAAUAUCUCGGCCUCUGAGUGGACUACAAGCUCAAUCUAGACAUUAGAAAGCUGAGCUACAAUCAAUAGUCCAAUACAUAUUUUCUGAUGAUUUGUUUAGCAUGCUUGUCCCUCUGGAUGGCAUAUUUUGUUGUAGAUAUCUAAGAUAUAACAUAGAAUUAUUCAACAGAGUAAUCAAUGAACACUUCCAAAGGUAAAAGCAGAUCGAGUUUUGGGCUAUUUGGGACUUAGAGCAACAGUUAUCGACACAUAAUAGAGAUGUCUGUAUUUGAUAACUUACAGAAAUCAUAUUUCACUUGUUAAAUCUUUUAAACUGUGGUAUUAGUGCAGCAUAAUGAACUGUACUGUCAUGUUCCUGAGUGUGAGCACUUACAUCAUACUCUAUGUGAAGGACUUCUACACCAUUACAUCUAGGGGGUGCUAAUUUUCAACAAAUGUUUUGAGGCCUUUUGUUAUUUUAAGUAACAUAAAAGCAGAAGUUUCUGAGGAAAGUUCAGAUUGUAAUGUUUCAAAUGACACUGCAGAUGCCUGACUGAUGUAUAUGGAGACUUUAAAGUUUUAAGUUUCCGUGAUGUAGUGCCCCACCGUAGAGUUUAAGGGUUUAGAAGUGUGGUCAUUAAUAAAGUGAAUACU